AUGGAAGGCCGUCUCAUCGAGUACCGUCCCAUUGGUGGCGGCCUGGACUACCACCACAAUUCGCCAUUGAUAGGCGAAAUACCGCCCGCUGGUGGCGAUUACACGCAUGCCGUCCAUCGAUCCAUCGAUCAGUUGCGUAACAGUUUGAACGAGCGAGUGGCACUAGGACCGCUAAGCGUUUUCUCGAAUUCCUCGGCCGAUCUGCGCUCAUCAGUAUUAUCCUACAGCCAGCAGCAACAACAGCAGCAACAAGCCGCACAACCGCAACUUGGCCAACCACAUCCCGGCCAUCAGCAACAGCAGCAGCAUGCGAGUAAUGCCAGCGGCAGCGAUUUACAUGCACAACAACAGAAAGUUAGCACCACCACAGGUGUAGCGCAAUCCAGCGCUGUAUCAGUUGCCAGUGUCAACAGCAAUAACAACAAUAAUGGUGUUGGAGGUGGUGGCGCGGGUGGAGGUGCAGUUCCAGUUAAGCUGACAGUCGACACAAAUGCCAUUGUCAGUUCGACGGUGCCGAAUGGCACACCUACGGUGGCUGGCAGUGGUGGAAGCGGCACAGUCUCUAGCGGUCCAGGCGGUGGUGGUGGACGUGGUCGCAAAGCGCGUAUUUAUCCAAACCCCAAUCAGCACAUCAUUGUGACCAGCAAUAGUGUGGAUCACCAUCACGCAGCCGCUGGACGGCAUCAUCAUAUUGGCACUGUUAGUGAUGGCGGCGGCGGCAGUGUCGGUUCAACCACCAGUUCACCGCGGCAUAUGGACGUCAAGGAUCCAAAGUAUUAG